AUGGCUCGCAGUUUUGUUUUGACUCUGCUUGGUUUGACUUUGGUCCUCAGAGGAACGGAGGGUGUUUCGGAGAUCUGCCGCGGGGCGCGGUGCCUCUCCGCACCGUCAUGGACGAGACCGUGCGUCGGAGCGCACUGUCCAGGGCGCACGGAACCAGACCCUCCAGCCGCGUCCUCGCGGCUUUUCCAACACUUCACGCAAGCCAGACAAUCGCCAGUUUACCAGCAGGACGCGCAGUACUCUCACCACACUGCGCCUUUGCCACCUUACGUCCAGCCUCACCAGGGGUUUACGCAGCAGGAUGGCACCAGGAGGACGAACCCGAGGACCCUCACUGCUGAGGUGUUCCAUCCCGGCUGCGCUGGCGGGACCUGCCCUACCUCUGUAUCGCAGCAUCAGACCUCUGAUGACAGCACCAGGGAGUGCAAAGGCUUCGGGUGCAAACUCCGGCGCCAGAAACCGAACGUUUGCUCCGGGGAUGGUUGUUUUACGCGCGUAGAUGACGCGCACAACUCACCGGUGCACGUCACGGACAGAGCCGCGCAGUUUCUGGACGAGCUUCCAGAGUUUGGAUCGGAACGCGGUGCCCGAAUACAGCUGACAUGUGACAUGAAAUCAGGGAACAACGAGGUUCCUGCUGAGGACGCGCUUGUUUUACAGCUGGAGCUCUCAAAGAGCCAGGAGGCUUUUGUAGAGGCUCUGAAGGGCCAGCAGGUCGAAGUCAAGGAGCUUCAGAGGCUCCUGAGUGAACAGCAGGGGGCGCUGGUCAGUCAGCAGCGGGAGAUACUGGAGCAGCAGAGGAGGAUGUAUGAACAGAUGGAGCAAGUGAAAUCCCAGUACAACCUUCUGAUGGACAGCAUCAAGCAAACGUCCCUUCAUAACGUCCAGGAAGAGAUGGACAGUCACAUAGAGUCACUGACUUCACAGGACAGAGAUGAAUGCCUUGAACUUUCAGAUCUUUGCGGGGAUCAGCAAAAAUGUCUCAACACGCCAGGUGGAUUCAGGUGCCAUGGAAUGACGGAGCGAGAAGCCACCUUGGGAAUGUGUGGCCUCGGCUACUUCUUUAACUCCGACAUGGACGAGUGUCAGGCCUGUCAUGAAUGUGAUGGAGAACCCAUGGCAUCCCCCUGCACUUUUACAAUGGACGCCGUCUGCUCCGGACCUGCCGCCGCCGACAGUCCCUUGUCGCUAUCCUGGUCUGGAGAUGUUAGUCUUCCUGGAGGCAAAAAUCAAAUCGGAACUCAUUCCUCGCCUGGGGUGAAGAUCCACAUCCAAGGUAGGAGUGAGCCAGGCCUGGUGUCUGCAGAGGACGGCCAUCUGGUGCUGAGACAGCAUGGACUGGUUUGGCUGGACGAGAACAUGGCGGUGACUCACGGCUGCCGCAGCUUCAUUCAGGUGUGUCUGCGUCUUAAUGACACGGCGGGUUCUGAUAGGCUGGACCUCAGCGGAGUCAGGGUAGAGCAACGCGAGGUCAAGUCCCUUCAAAGCGUCAGCAUUAGUGGAGUGGCGGAGGUUUCUCCAGGGCACGCCAUCUCGCUAUACAUUCAGAGUGCGAGUCAGCAUUGCAACCAAUCCAACGAGGGUUUGCAACUGUACACCCCGACUGUAGCGCCUCUGAGUCUCCUGUGGCUCUCUCACGACACCGGCGCCGUAGCCAUGACAGCCCAGGCCACGGUGACGGCACAUUACCACACCACCUUCCGUCCUGUCUUUCGCACGACUUCAACCUCCGACCCCUAUGUUGUCGGGCUGACCCAUGACGGCCGGGGCGUCCGAUUUGCAGAGAGUGGGACGGUACGCUUUGUUUUCCAGCAGGCCUUUUAUUCCAUGGGCCAGGCCUGCGUGGCGGAGGGCUUCCAGCUGUUGGCAUAUGUCAACCGAAACGGCACCGGCAUGGAGCUCAGCCGUGCUUUCAAGCCAGGGGUCCACUAUCGUGACACCUCCAUCUCUCUGUCUGGAGCGACGCAGGUCGGCUCUGGAGACACGCUCGCCUUCGAGAUCCUCUCACCUGGUCAGUGCAACGUACGCUACUUCGGCGACGAGACUGGCAUCAGCAUUCUCAGCUUAGUGUGGGUGCCGGCUGCCAUCUCCACUUCCCUCUUCGCCUCUGUCGCAAAUACCGGUCUUCCCUCAGGCGCCGUCCGAAACAAGCCCCUGUUCUUCCAGCAGACCUCUCCUCAAGUGGCCCAGAUGGGUUUGUCUGGGAAAGGCUCAGCAGAUCACGCUCGAGAUUUCGUUUUCAGGGAGAGUGGCAGCGUCAGUGUGGCGCUGGACCUCAAACUCAUCCACUCCUGCAGCCUCAUCAAAGUGACUCUGCUGCGGCGCAGUGAUCCCCAGCUGGUCGGGGACGGAGCACGACCCGUACCCGUCGCCCAGCAGGUCGCUGGACAGAUUCCCGAGGGGAGCCAGUGGGCCAGCGUCAGUCUUCGGGUGUCAUUCCAGGUGCACAACGGCACAGCGGUCUUCUUUGUUUUGGACUGUGUGCGCGGGCGAGUCAAUCAAAUCAGCCACCACGCAGGGAGCGGCGUUUCACUCAUGUGGGUCGCAGCAGCAUAA